AGUUAUACUAUAGCAUUCCGUAUGUCACAGCUCAAUACGGUAUCUAAGCCAGAUACCAGUACUUUUUAGGAUAAGAUGUCAAAAAGAGUGAGAUUCAGUGGUGAAGCUGGUGCAGAAGAGACUGUGCAUAAAUUUCCAAAAUAUGAUGAUGCAUCAACAAAAAAAUUUGAACUAAAAAAUAAUCAGGAAGAUAUUGUUGGACGGAGUCAUCAUCAAUCUCGAUUCAAACUCGACCACAGCCUUGAUAGUGAUGAAGAAGAUAAUAAUAAGAAAGAAGAUUUUGAAAAAUUAACAGAAGAAGAUGUUGAAGGAGCAGAAGAUGAUUAUGUGGACACAGGGGAGGAAGUUGGGAUUACACCUUUCAACCUGAAGGAGGAAAUGGCUGAAGGAGACUUUGAUGUUCAAGGGAAUUAUCAUUUCCGGAAGGAGAACGUCAUUCGGGAUAAUUGGUUGGAUAAUAUUGACUGGAUGAAAGUUAAAAAGAAAGAUGUUGAAAUGGAGCAAGAUUCAUCUGAUGAUGGAAAAAAUACUUUAGAUGAACUUGAAGUUUUGAAGAAAAUAGUUGCUCUCAUGCUACCUGGAGAAACAUUAACCAGAGCUCUUCGACGCCACGGCGGAAAGGAGAAGAAGAAACGUUCAUGGCGAAAAGAAAAAGUUUACGACCUUAAUGCUACAAAUGAGGAAACAAGCACAGGUAAUGAAAAUCAUGCUGAAGAGGAAGCUAAACAGAAAGAGAAAUUGUUGGAAUUGACUGGUCUAGCAGAUGAAAUGACUGGCGCCGGACAUUACGAUGUUUAUACAGAUACUUACGAAAAAUUUCAACAUAAAAUUGAAAAAAUGGAGGCCGAGAAAAAGGCGAAAGAGCCAGUUAUACCUGAUGACGCAGAUGACGAUGAUGCUUUGGAUAUAUUAGCAAGUAACAUAGAUGAAACAGACAAAAUGAUUGAAUCUGGAAGUACUAAUAGGAAUGAGAAUAGUAACGGUGAAAAUGUAAUAAAAUGGGAAUUUAAAUGGACUGAGGAAGAUUCUGAAAUCCAUGGACCUUUCACAUCACAAGAAAUGUUUGAAUGGCAAGAACAAGGUUAUUUUAAAGAUGGUGUUUUGGUUCGAAGAACAGAUCGUGAUGAAUCACAGUUCUAUUCAUCCAAACGUUUAGAUUUUGAUCUUUAUACUUGAUCUAUGAAACUAAGCGUCCUCAUUUUUUCCAAAUUCUUACUCUUCUUUAAUGUGGAUUUACUCAGCUGUGGGAGGAGAUUUUUUGGUGCAUGAAAUUUACCUGUAAAUUAUGUCACAACUGCAAAACUAAGAUUAACUCAAUCUGAGAAGUUAUGUGGGAUAAAAAUAACUCUGCAUUUGAGGGUUUUAUAGAUAAUGUUACUAUUUCUUGUGCCUCAACUGUGUGUUGUUUGGUCUCACUGCUGCACUGAGUUGAGACUAAAUUACAGUCUUUCAUUUGCUAUUUUGUGGAUAAUACCUUGUCAAAAUAAUCUUCAAAAUAUCAGUGAAAGACCCUGGUUUAGUGUUUUGGGUGUCAGUUCAUUUAAGUUACAACGCUAAACUUUGUCAGCUAAUAAUGCGUUUUUUCAAAUGCCCUUUUUUGGCUUAAUUUUGGUCAUGUUUCAAUUACAGAGUAUUGGAAAUACUUUUUGAUAAUUUUAGUCUGCAACAGUCAUUUAUCUUCUCGUUAAUUUUAUCGAACUACUAAAUUUUCAUCCCUUUGGCAGGAGUUUGACCUAAAGUAGUUCCUAUGUUUUAUUUGGUUGUUUAAAUCGUUUGGUUCCCAACAUUUUUAACGCACACAAAUGAAAUGCCAACAAAAUACAUAAAACAAAUAUUGGUUUGAAUAUGGAAUAUUCAAUAUUUUUUUAUUUUUUUUAUUUAG